UAAAUUUGUCAAUUCAAAUAGCCUUUGUCAUGCCUUCUAAAACCCUAAUGCGAGAUUCCGACUUCUUAAGUAUAUAAUAUUAUUUCAAAUUGGGCAGCAGCUCCUUCUAAACCCAAAUCAGACACCGCAGGAGUUCAAUCUGCCAUGGGGGCUUACAAGUACGUGUCAGAGCUAUGGAGGAAGAAGCAAUCCGAUGUGAUGAGGUUCUUGCAGAGGGUGAGGUGCUGGGAGUACCGUCAGCACCCUUCCAUCGUGCGAGUUAACCACCCAACUCGCCCCGACAAGGCUCGUCGAUUGGGGUACAAAGCCAAGCAGGGUUAUGUCGUCUAUCGUGUCCGUGUAAGGCGUGGUGGGAGGAAGAGACCAGUUCCUAAGGGUAUUGUAUAUGGAAAGCCCACAAACCAGGGUGUUACCCAGCUGAAAUUCCAACGUAGCAAACGAUCAGUUGCAGAGGAACGAGCUGGCCGGAAGCUUGGUGGUCUUAGGGUCGUGAACUCUUAUUGGAUCAAUGAGGAUUCAACUUACAAAUACUUUGAAGUCAUCUUAGUCGAUCCUGCCCACAACGCUAUCCGCAAUGACCCAAGAAUCAACUGGAUCUGCAAUCCGGUUCACAAGCACAGGGAACUCCGAGGACUGACCUCUGCUGGCAAGAAAUACAGGGGUCUUCGUGGCAAGGGGCACUUGCACCACAAGGCUCGACCUUCAAGGAGGGCAACCUGGAAGAGAAACAACACACUCUCCCUUCGCCGCUACCGUUGAUCCCCUGGACCGUACUUGGUGAUUUUGUUCCUGCUAUCUUGGCUUCAUUACUAUUGUAGGGUUUAUAAGAAUUUUGAGACAGUUAUAUUGUGUGUGGGACAUCUUGAAAAUCUUCUAUGUUAGAGGCUAUUGAGAUUUAUGUGCUCACUGAAAAUGUCCAAUGCUAUUGUCGUAUUGGGGUUGUGUUGUUUGAGUAUUUUUUAUUAAAUACUAGAAAUGGGAUUUUAGAUUUUACCA